AUGGCAACGGGAAGGACGCCGCGGCCCGCACUCGCCUCGCGGCGGCCUCCAACAACCCCGUUGAGUGCGCGCACGUCAAUGUGCACCUAGCCUGGCACCAGCGCCGUGGGGACGUCACCGCCGCUUGUUGUUGUUUGUGUGUUUUGACCUCCGUCCCGUGCGUGGGGUCACGAUGAUGAAUCGCGCUGUGAGCAGAGCGAGGAGAGAUGGGGCCUCCAGGAGCCCAAGCACAGUUUUGGACAAACGCAAAGCAGCUAUCAAGCCUUCGCUGGAAGAAGUGACGACACCCAUCCUGGAGGAAUCUGCCAGCAGUCACAUCUUGAGUGGGGAUGACAUUCAGGCCUUGGCAGUGCUUAGGGAAGACCUGGCAAAGACUCACCCCCUGCGUCCGCCACCCGCCAGCGAGCGGCCCUCGACGGUGAUGCGCGUGACCGUGCGGAGACCGACGCGUCAGCGGCAGCAGCAGGAAGAGGCUGCGGGGAAGACGCGGCUGCUGGUGGUGCGUCCAGCUCCUCCGGAAGCUGCUGCCAGUCUCCUGGAAUACACCGGACCUGGAGGUCCACGCUUUGAUGAGAAGGGCCAAGUGCUGCUGCACAGCAUUCUGGGAAGCGUGGAAGACUACGUUACAGAGGCUGUGGAGAGAGGAGAGACCAAGGUAGCGCAGCUGGUCGGCGCGCAGCGGCAGGACGGCGACCAGUGGCCUCUGCCCUCCGAUGCGCCCACGCGGGUGAAGCGGAGAGGUCCCAGUGGCGCCGCAGAGCCACCUCCUGCCGCCCCGACCGGCCUGGAUCAGGGGCGCGCCCUGCAGCACUGGCAGCGCCGCAUGGCAGAGCGCCGUCGCCUGCAGGGGCACAUCGCAAAGGUGAUGGACACGUCGGAGGAGCGGCUGGUGAUGUGUCAGAGCGGGCGUCACCGGCACGUGCAGGAGGAGAGGGAGCUCAUUGACCGCGCCAUCCCACAACUCGACUACGGAAAGGGCUUCCACGUGGGCAGCGAGUUUUGGCAGCUGCCCCAGCGCCUCGGAGACGAGCUUGGCGGGAUCUCGUCCACGUUGACCCAGACGGAGCGGGGUCAGCCCUGGUCCGUCACUCACGUGGGCAAGCCAAUCAGCACGCAGCGGGAGACAGGCUGCGGAGGUGGCGGUGGUGGAUCCCUGGCGCAGGAGCGAUUUCACAAGACGUGGGAGCGCAGCGAGUACUUGCAGCAGCGCAAGCAGCAGCUGUGGGACGUCCUGCGCGAGCUGGACUUCAACCAGCCGGACAUCGAUGGUCUGGAAGUGCUGGGGACAUCACAGCCUUUCUCGUCCACGUCUGCGGAGAAAUUCCCCACCCACGAGGAGAUCCUGGAGGCGCAGACGGAGGAGGAGCGAGAGAAUGACGAUCCACUGAGGAGCUACCCGGAUGUUGUGCCUCUACCCAUCAUUGGGCCGUCCAUCCGCUUCUGUGGGCAGCCGGCGCGCUGGACUGGUGCGGAGCCCAUCCACGAGGAUGAGGUGGGAAUCGCGGCGCGCAUCACGUUUGAGGCCCUGGCCGGAGAGAAAGCCACCUCCUACCUGGAGGUGGUCAACGAUGGCACCACCGCUAUUUACUACGAGUGGGAGCGCCUGGUGCAGCCCGGGAGCUUCCCCAACGGCCACGCCAGGGCCCACGUGCAGCGCUUCUACUUUGACGUGACCGGUGGGGUCGCUCUCCCCGGGGCCACGCUGCUCGCGCCCUUCACGUUCAAGUCGCCGUCGGCAGGGAUCUUCGGCGAGCGCUGGCGGCUGCGCACGCGCCCGCUGCUGCUGAGCGGCGCCGCCCUGCAGCUGACGCUGCGCGGGGUGGCGCUGCACGAGGACCGCACGGCGGCGCGCAGGGACAGCAUCGAGAGAGGCUUGCGGCGCCGCGAGGCGGUGGCGGCGGCGCGCGGCCUCCUGCAGGAGGUGCUGGACGGGGUCCGCACGCCCCCGCGGGCCCCCUCGCCCACCGGCGCUCGCCUCUCCGACUGCGACCGCUUCAGCCUCAGCAACCCGCAGCUCCACUACCACUUUGAGGUGGUGGAGAGCCUCAAGCAGCUGUAUGCGGAGCACGCGGGACACGGCGUCACGCCGCAGUGGGACUUCUGCCUGAGAUCCUGCAGGGCGGUGCUGCUGUCGAUCGCCGAUGCAGACAGGAGGGAGGCGGCUCUGGCCGAGUUUAACAGAGAAGCUGUGCAGCUCUCAGCCGCUCCGCUGACUGCGCACUACAGGCACAUGCACAGCAUCGGGUACCAGCUGCUGUCGCAGAUGGUGGACGCGAUGGUGGGGACAUCCAUGCUACUGCGCCACUCCAUGUCGCUCCCGGAGAGGGAGGGAGGUUUCUCCCCGGACGACGACACCGGUAAAAAAGGAGGGGUCCGAGUGGGCAAGGGGGAAGACCGGAAGAGCCAUACUGGCAGAGAAGAGAAGAAGUCGACGGCCGGGAGGGACGACAGAAAGAUGGACCGGCCAGGCAGCAAGAAAGUGAAAAUCAAAGAGGACAAAAAAUCCAGCAAGACCCCCGGUGCGGCCAGAGAUGGCAAGGAAGCCGCGUCUCUCGCCGACGGCGAGGCCGUGUCGCCCACGUCCACCCUCGUCGACCGCGCCACCCAGCACAAGUACGAGCUGCAGCUCUACAUGCAGGUCUACGCCCUGCUCUCGGCCACGGUGGAGGAGAUGGCCGGUCUCUUUGAAGAGCUUGAUGAGAACACAAACGCCGAACCUCUAUCCGCGUGGAAGCCUGCAGCCCAGCAAGCGACGGUGUCGCCACGUCGUUAACGGAUCGUCGGCAGGGGGGCAAAGCCAACGGCGUGCGCACCCCGCCCGUGGACCUUCCCGACACGAGCUCUGCCAGGACUCUGCAGGACUCCGCCACACCACAAAGCACGAGAACGGUCAUGGGGCAAUUCACGACGAUUCGCUCGGCACGGUUCUUCGGCUUCUUGCAGUAAUGUCAUUGUCUGUGGCGGUGUUUCUCAAACUGCAGUCAUCAAGAACUCCUACGGUGCACCGUUCUAUUACCAAUCAUUAGGCGAGUGUAUUGUUUUUCAGCUUGAUUUACAUGUGAACAGAAAAUAUUGGAUCGUCAAAAGGAAGGCUGCAGCGCAGGGUAAUGGUGGACUUUGAGAAACAAGUGGCCUGUAGGUAGCGGUGUGUUCCUGCUCGAAUGAGCAAUGGAGUCGCAGUCAUCUCCGUCGACAGCCUUGAGCUCGGAGUGGAAGUUCCACAUCACGUCGGCAGACAACCUCUGCAUUAAACACCGACCGCUGCGGAAUUCAUUUUAAUAGGAUGAACAGAGUCAAUGCAAGUCUGGGAUUCCAGCUGGCGAGCUUCCAAUUGUAUAAACACAAACACCCACCGAGAUGCACGCAGCAACAACCGCUAUCUGGGGUUUCAUGGUCAAAGUCUUUCAUUGGGCAGCGAUGCGCGCACACCUGCUGUGGUUACAAUCGCACACGCCAUGAACUUGGUGGGCAGUUUGAUUCCCAGCCACAGAUAACAUCGGUGGCGGGUGACAUCUGAACUUGUCCAAGCACCCCCUUCAAUACACAUCUUUUCAUUUAUCCUGGAGAAAUCCGAUGAGUUAUGAAGCUCUUUUCCACAGAUGUCCAAUGGCGAGUGUGAUUGGGUAUGGCCAAACAACCCAGAUAACCAACACAGCAUGGGGAAGCCUUCAUCCUGCAGUGGAUUGAUGAAGGUCUGCAGAUGAUUUGAUAUGAAAUCACAGGCAGUGGUGGAGCUCACCUGGAAUCCCGCACUGUGGAGGAGAGAGAUGGUGGAUCUCACAAAUGUUGUCACUCACUUCCCGCGAGCAUGGAGGUGCCAAAACCCUAGCUCGCCAUGUGAACGCGGUACAGCAAAAAUGUGGACCUCGCCUGUUCUAUCUGUGCGGGAGAGUGUUGCCACUUCACUCACAAGCACAGGUGUCUGUGGGUGCUCCGGUUUCCUCGAACAUGUAAAUGCUCACUAAUUGGCCCCUAACAUCUUCAUAUCUUGAGAACCAUAGGGCUGGAGGGGGAUGAGAAUGUGGCACCGGCUCAUCGCCAAGUUGCCUUGCCCACGUCUCUGUGGUUUCUCGCGCCUGUCGAUUCGUUCUCGCUCUUCCAGAGCGAGCGAAUAGGGCGCGGCGCGUUACAAGAUAAAAUCAUCGUUACGGGUUUCCCUCGCUUUGAGGUAGUAGAUGCACGAGACAGCUGCCUGCCGAGUAGCAGUGCACACACAGCACGCACAGUGCGCACACAGUACGCACACAGUGCACAUACAGUACACACACAAUGUUGUCCCACGUCCGACAGCAUAGCCGCACGAGUGAAUUGAAACCGCAUGAUAUCGCGAUUUUUGGAAAUAGGUUCGCCGCAUACAUGCGAAAUCGCAUGAAACAAGGGAAACCUGUAUUUGCAUACUGUAUACAGUGCAUUGCUUUCAAGAUGACCUGUGUGGUAGAUUGAUUUAAAAAUUAUAUCCCAAUUUCUGUUUAUUGGCAGUAAAGUACAAACUUUUCGAUACCGUUUACACUUCCUUUUGCCAGGGACAUUCGUGAAUGUUCCGUGGAAAAUAAGAUGGCAACACACUGUUUGCUUGAGAAAUGUUAAAAUGAGUUUAUUCUAAUAUGUAUUCAUUUACAUGUUCAAAUGCAAAGUGUCCAAUUGUGUUGGUACAUAUUACAAAUCCUAAGAACC